AUGGUCCGCGCCGUCGAGGAGAACCCGACGCCCUCUCCCUCGCAUCCUGGGGUGCCCUGCAGCUCCCGCGCGCACGACGCCAACGCCGCCGGUCACCGCGUCGAACACCUGAUGGGCGUGCACGCAUGGUUCGCCAGCGUUGCCGUCCCAGUCAGCAUCCACGUCAACCCCUGGUCCCGCUCGUCUGUGACUGCGGCUAGCUGCACCUGGACCAUCCUACUCUUGGCUUACAAAUAUACUGGUUCCUCGGAGGGCCUGAGGGCCGCCAUGGUGCCCAUCAACGACACGGAAGUAUACUGGUUCCUCGUCAACAACACUGUCGCCACAGAGAAAGAAGACCGCACAUACCCGAUGAAUAUCAUGUGGGAGGUCACCGGCAACUUGGGUAGGCACAUGCCGCCGGAGUACCUCGACGUGGUGCACCACUCCAGCCACGACAGCCUCUCGUGGGUUCCGCUGCUCUACCGGUCGCCUUGGGCCAUCCUAACCGGACAUGCGGCUCGGGGGCCGGUCACGGUGGCCGGCGACGCGUUCCACCCCAUGACGCCGGACUUGGCGCAGGGCGGGGGCUCCGCGCUGGAGGACGUGGUGGUGCUCGCCCGAGCUAUGUUGCGGGUGGCCACACCAGCAGAGGGGGUGGCAACAUAUGUGUCGGAGCGACGUGGCCGGGCCGCCUUGCUAGUCGCCGGUGCCUACCUGUCGGGUUGGGUCCAGCAAGGCGGGACUGACGUGCAGGGUCUGCGAGGUUGUAUGGUCAAGCUGUUCCGUGACUGGAUCUUUUACAGGUACAUCUUCCGAAGGCUCGCCGGUAUGAUGUGGUACGAUUGCGGCGACUUGUUGCCGCCGACGUCUAACGAGAAGGGUAAGAAUCACUCAGAGUGAUAUAUUCCAUCAUGUCUCAUUAAAUUGUCUUAAAUUUGUUAAAAUUUAAAGGUAUCUAGACAUUAUUUAGUUUAUUAUGUUUGGAUACUUCUAAAGACAAAUAUAAGACAAGUUUCAUAAGAUAGAGGGCAUACUAUGUAAUUUUACUUAUAUUC